CUGGGCAUUCUUACAUACUCUCUAGUUUCUUUGUGCAAACACAACAAGGUGUACUGUCUCUUUAAGGGCUGUCACUGCUCGCUCCUGCUAACCUCCCGCUGCUUGUUAUUUUCUGCAACAAGAUGGCUGUCGUUCCUGAGAGCAGAGUCCUCACUUUCAGCGUUUUUAAAUGGAGCUCUUACUCCUCUACAUAUUUACCUGAGAAUAUCUUGGUGGACAAACCUAACGAUCAGUCUUCCAGGUGGUCUUCUGAGAGCAACUACCCUCCACAGUUUUUAAUCUUGAAAUUGGAAAGGCCGGCGAUUGUUCAGAGCAUCACCUUUGGGAAGUAUGAGAAGACUCACGUCUGCAACCUGAAGAAGUUUAAAGUGUUUGGUGGGAUGAGUGAAGAGAACAUGACAGAGCUUUUGUCCAGUGGCCUUAAGAAUGACUACAACAAGGAAACGUUCACCUUAAAGCACAAGAUUGACGAGCAGAUGUUUCCCUGCAGAUUUGUCAAAAUAGUGCCUCUGAUGUCCUGGGGUCCUAGUUUUAAUUUCAGCAUCUGGUACAUUGAGCUGCACGGUAUCGAAGAUCCUGACGUGGUGCAGCCCUGCCUUAACUGGUACAGCAAGUACAGAGAACAGGAAGCCAUCCGCCUUUGCCUCAAGCACUUCAGACAGCAUAACUACACAGAGGCCUUCGAGUCACUGCAGAAGAAGACUCGGAUAGCACUGGAGCACCCAAUGCUCACCCACCUGCACGACCGGCUGGUGCUGCAAGGAGACUUCGACGCCUGUGAGGAGCUCAUAGACAAAGCCGUGAGAGACGGUUUGUUUAACCAGUAUAUCAGCCAGCAGGAGUACAAGCCCAGGUGGAGUCAGAUCAUCCCGAAAUGCAACAAAGGUACAAGCGCCCAAGAAAUCAACCGAGACGACAUGAACAGUGACGGCGACGACAACAGGCCAGGAAUGAGGGGAGGACAUCAAAUGGUCAUUGACGUCCAGACUGAGACUGUGUACCUGUUCGGGGGCUGGGACGGCACACAGGACCUGGCUGACUUCUGGGCUUACAGCGUUCAGGAGAACCAGUGGGCCUGCAUCUCCAGAGACACAGAGAAAGAGAGUGGUCCGAGCGCUCGUUCGUGCCACAAGAUGUGCAUCGACUCCCAGCGGCGUCAGAUCUACACGCUGGGCCGGUACCUGGACUCCAGCGUCAGGAACAGCAAGUCUCUGAAGAGCGACUUCUACCGUUACGACAUCGACGCCAACACCUGGACGCUACUCAGCGAGGACACUUCAGCUGACGGGGGGCCAAAGUUGGUGUUUGACCACCAGAUGUGCAUGGACUCGGAGAAGCACAUGAUCUACACGUUUGGUGGCCGCAUCCUGACGUGUAACGGCAGCGUGGAGGACAGCAGGACGUCAGAGCCUCAGUUCAGCGGCCUGUACGCCUACCACUGCCAGGCCGGGACAUGGAGCCUCUUGCGGGAAGACUCAUGUAACGCCGGGCCAGAGGACGUCCAGUCCCGCAUCGGACACUGCAUGCUCUUCCACACUAGAAACCGCUGUCUGUACGUGUUCGGAGGUCAAAGGUCGAAGACGUACCUCAAUGAUUUCUUCAGCUACGAUGUGGACGGAGAUCAUGUAGAGAUCAUAUCCGAUGGCACCAAGAAGGACUCAGGCAUGGUGCCAAUGACGGGCUUCACCCAGAGAGCCACCAUCGACCCCGAGCUCAACGAGAUCCACGUCCUGUCGGGCCUCAGCAAGGACAAGGACAAACGCGAGGAGAACGUCCGCAACUCCUUCUGGAUCUACGACAUCGCCCGCAACAACUGGUCAUGUGUGUAUAAGAACGACCAGGCGGUGAAAGAGAACCCGAGCAAGGCUCUGCAGGAGGAGGAGCCGUGUCCACGCUUUGCACACCAGCUGGUCUACGACGAGAUGCACAAGGUGCAUUACCUGUUUGGUGGGAACCCCGGGAAGUCUUGUUCUCCAAAGAUGCGCCUGGACGACUUCUGGUCUCUCAAACUGUGUCGGCCCUCCAAGGAGUACCUGCUCCGCCACUGCAGAUACCUCAUCAGGAAGUACAGGUUUGAGGAGAAAGCCCAAUCGGAGCCACUGAGUGCACUAAAGUACCUGCAGAACGACCUUUCGCUGACGGUGGACCACACAGACCCUGAUGAGACCAAGGAGUUCCAGCUCCUGCCCUCGGCCCUCUUCAAGUCCAGCUCUGACUUCAUCCCUCUGGGUUUCUCAGACGUGGACCAGACGUACGCUCAGCGGACGCAGCUCUUCGACACGCUCGUCAACUUCUUCCCGGACAGCAUGACCCCACCCAAGGGCAAUCUGGUAGACCUCAUCACGCUCUAGCCCCUCCCACCUCUGACACCCCUCCUUCUCUCCUCCCCCGUCACCUCACCCACCGGACUGACUGAACACCUACCCAUCCACGCACCCGAUGGGGACGGAGGAGACAAGAGGCCAGUUAUUUUUCUAUUCCUGAACCCCGCUGAUGGGAUUACCCUUCACCUGGAGCCUCCCUCUGUCACAGUUACCUGACGGUGAGGGUCGAACACACACACUUAAACAACACUGUGGUAUUGGGAUACGAGCAAAACUCCACGACCUGAGGGGUGUGUGUGUGUGUGUGUGUUUUUUUCCCAAAAUAUCCCUUUGGUUUUCUUGCUGAUGAAAAUUACUUGGAGCACGCAAAACCCCUCUAAACUCUGCCAAACAUCACUUGUGUUUUUCAUCUUCACUUGAUUUUUUUCCCCCCGCAGAAACCUUAAGGCCAAAAAACAAGAUUUGCACGCAUUUGUUUGCAGUCUUUUAUUCAUAGAUUUUUUCUUUUUUUUUUUCUUGGAUUUGUGCUUUGUACCCAUGCAAACGCCCACACGGUCGACCACAGGCGUCCAGCCACAUGUUUGCAGCAAAACAGAUGACGUCAGUUGUUGCAAAAGUUAAGUUGAAAUUAGCUGGUUGAUCAUUUAUUUUGAAGACAGGACGGUGUGACCAUGAUUCAGGAAACCACUUCACUCUCCACAGCUACAAGCUCGCCUGCAAAAUCUAAUGUGAAUGUUCAUUUUGAUGAUUUGGUUUGCUCGCUUUUCUGUAACUCAUGCCCCUAUUUAUGAUCGUGACGACCUCGCAAAGGCAAAAAGAGUCAAAACAUGUAAUAGUGUUGUAUGAACAAUAGAGAGAUAAAGUUUAAUAUAUAUCUAAAUAUACCUUUUAUAUCGGUUUUGAUUGUUAUCCCUGUAAAACUGGCUGGUAAAUUUGGAUUUACUACAGGAGACACAAGGUUUUUUUCCUCAGUAAUUAAUGGAUUGUAACUUAAUUCUAAGUGGUUAAAUGCUGUACAGAAUAUGUAAAUAUACAUAGAGGACUUUCUUUGCAUUGAACAGAUUCUGUGCUGGAUCAUGUUCUCUCUUGUCCCUUUUCAUCAAAAAGCCAGGGCCCACAUACAGUAACUUUGUGGCUCUGCAUUAAAUACUCAUUACUACUUAUUGGGAAGAGUUGAAAACAAUCGGUGUGCAUGUGCGAAUGAAGUGCCGGUGCCAGUAAUCCAGUUUGACAAUUAAGAGUGGGAAAAGGCAUUUUAGGUCUGUUUGUCAUAGUGUGUUAACACAAUGUUCCUCAGAGUGAUGAAUUAGUGGGUGAAAUAUUUUUUUUCCUCUAAAAAAUCCCUAAUGUGCCCCUGAAUAGAUUUGUGAAGUGGACAGCAGGGUUGAGCAGAACCGGCCUCGCCUCCGCAUCAUCCAUUACAACCAUGUAAUGUACAAACCUUUCAGGUGUUACAACUCUUAUACCAUGGCCAGUUGCCAACCAAAUGCCAUACAUCAUCAAAUACAUUUUUUUAACUAGUGUAAAAAAUUAGCGGCAUGGCUAAAAAGAAGUUCAGGUCUCCCUCAGGAUGAUUGACCUUUCAUGUAGCAACAUUAUCAGGUCAAAAUACCUAAGUUUCCGAUGUUCCCAUAGAUUUCUUUUAAUAUCAUUUAAAGUUUUAAUUUUGCAUGGAAAGUGCACAGUUAGCAGUAGGCACACAAGAGUUAGCUAACAGCUAAUGUCUAUCUGUUGUUCCUGGGCAGUGAACAGUAGCCUCAGCUGUACUUUGUAUUAAGUGCUUUUUUAAAAAACCAAAUGUAGCAUGCUAACACGCUAAACUAGGAUGGUUAAAAAAGAAAUACCUUUAUGAACAUUAACAUGCUAACAUUGUAACUGUGACUUUGUUAGCAUUCUGAGGUUAGCAUUUGGUUCAGCUGUAGACUUUACUGAACGCUACUGCUCAAAUCAGAUUUUAUUUUUUGUUAAAUGUGGCCCAUAUAAGAUUCCAAUGUAAACAGGGCACCGUCCUGAAGUGACCUACAUGACUGAUGUUGAUCUAGAGUGACAUAAAGGUCACGUGAAUUCUGGUACGACUGUUCACACUGGUUACAUUGAAGUCCAACCUGUAUCUGAUUUGGACCACGUGAGGCCCAAACCAACACUGAUACAUUUAUUUAGAACUGCAAACAAACACUCGUGUCAUUGGUGUCCUGUUACUAAAAGUUGGUCCGUGUCAGCCAAUCAGAAUGUAGAAUUUUCCGUGGCCAUGGUAUAAGUUAAUUUUACAGACACAAACCUGGUAGCUGUUAUUUAACUCAUCCAACAGAAGUCUGCCAGACAUGAGCCGGUCGUAGACUUUCACACACAGCUGGCUGCCUGAAUGCUAGUGGGAAACGAUUGCUUUGCUCUUCUUUAUCUCCCUUAAGAAACACUAUUCAGAGAGGGACAGUGAGUUUUGAUCAUUCACUUACUAUUCUGAUAAUGCAACACCAUACAUGGUUUACUCACAUAGGAAGAGUGGGAAACGGCUACAGGAGGAAGGGACACGCACCACAAAGCUUCCCACAAACACUAAAUUUGGAAUGUGUUUCACAGUCAUAGGAAUAAUUUCCUGUGAUCUGGUGUCAAAAAUUGGUCGCAACAUCGCUAAAAAGAGAAACGCAAGACCAGACUUUAGGGUAAAAAUACUUGCUGCUCAAAUCUUCCAUAAGGAGGUCGAGAGUCAGACCACACGAGUAGCCCUGGAGGAUUUGCUGUCUUGCUGAAGGACACUUCUGAAGGGAGGUUGAGUCUGGCCGCGGUACCACAUCCCUUCUCACAAACCAGUAGCGCUGACCAGCUGCAUGCUUUUAGUUAAAGUUGAAAAGUUUACCUCUGCUGCCACCAAAUCAUUUCUCGGGGGAUUUUGAGGUCAGAUUUCAUUGGUGCUCACUGGUCACUCAAAGUCCCACCAUGUCAGUUUUCUUGUUCAUCGUCUUCCAUGACUCUCAGAUGCUAAAGGAUUGUUUUUCAGUGGAAAUAUGAUCACCAACAUCCCAUCGCAAAACAAAAACAGUGUUCAUUGGUGAAAUGAUUCUCUCCCAGUCGACAUUCAGAACAACUGUGAUACAUGAGAACACUGUGUGACGUCCCUGGCACAUCUGCUACGACUGUUAACCACAACUUGUACAUAAUUGUGUAAUGUACAGGAUCAGCACUCUUUCUAACUAUGAGCUCGAAGAACAUUGAGGACAUCAUUAGGAUAGUUUGACUGGAGGGGCAGAAUUGGGUAGAAAGAUGGUUCGUUGGUUGCUAUUUAACACUAGUUUGAGUGGAGGGUCACGUCUGUAAUCAGAGUAACAUUCAGUGUUUACUGAGACAUGAACCAGUUAACUUAUGAGUUUCUUUAGUGGCAAUUUAUAUUUAAUGCACUUAUUUAGAAAUUAAAGGACCAUACUGAUGUUUUUCACAUUAAAUGCCAUAUAAUUAAAAGUAAUGUACUGUAGCAUUAAAACGAGCCCCUGUAACACAUUGCUCAACUACAACCACUGGAGAUAGCUAAAUGCUACAGCAUGUACAGUGAACUGACUCAGUUACACAGCAAUAUCGGUCUACAGCAAAGUUUACUAGCAUUAGCCACCAUUAGCUACUGGUCGUACCUAACAAAACCAGACAUGAUAUUCACCUAAACAUUUGUGAUAUGAUGCUGAAGUGAAAUGAAACCAGCUGCUGUGUAGAAGGCAGGGGAACAACUAUACUAUGUACACUAAAUGUGAAGCUACUGCUAGCAGCCACUUUUAGUUUCGUUAAGCUUAGCAUCAUCAGUCCAAAGGUUCCAAACUGCCUACUGACCUCUAAAUGUCAGGUUUCAAAGGGGCAAACAAACCACACGAUUAUCAGUUUAAACUACACUACAUCUUAGAAGAAUAAUAAUAAUAAUUGCUGAACAUUGAGCUUUAGCCAACUUUAAUGUUGCCUGUAAGAAAAGUCUAAAGUGAGAGUAGUUAACCAAGCUUUAUGCUGGCCACCCAACUGUGCCUGGCCAACAUAUAGUCCACUACAUAAACUCCUGUAAAAAAUUAAAUAAAUACAUUUACAUUUCAGUUUUUGUACGGAUUAAACAAACCAGAUAUAGCGUGUUAAUCAGUGAGCUUUAGGGGUGAUGCUAAGUGGAUAUUUUUACCUUGGAACCAGAGCCAGGCUAGCUGUUUCCCACUUUUUCCAAGCUUUUUCUAAGCUGAGCUAACCACCUGUUGGCGGUAGCUUUAUAUUUAGAAUACAGGUGUGAAAUUUGUGGAAAUGCCCGUAAUUACUUUCUUUCCAACUGUUCCUUUAAGGAUGCAUGGUCUUUAGCCAGAGUUUGCUGACAAAAAACAAAAAAACAAGUAUGGUCCUUUAAGUGUCAAACCCCUGUGUGAAUGGAGAUGUUUGAUGCUGUACACUGAACGCAAAUAAUGUACAGCCCCAGCCUCACUUGAUUUGAUAAUAAUAAUAAUAAUAAUAAUAAUAGUAAUAAUAAUACAGAGGACUUUCCAUUAAGUGCACUAUUGUAUAAAAUGUCAGAUCCCCUCAGGGUGUUGUUUACUGUGAUUGUGGGUCCUCUGCUACUGUACCUAUCAUCACUGUAAAUAAUCUCACUGGUGUGUUUACAUAAUCUGCCUGCGUUUCACUGGAGACGAGUAGUUCCCAUCACUCCACAUUAAAGUUAUCUCGCACAGUUUAGCAUCAGCAGGGAGCGUCAGAAGCGGCCUGCUGAAUUCAGCACGUGUCACGAUUUACCACGAUAGAGACGUUGCUUGAUAGGGUCCCAAUUUUUUGGUCGUUUUAUGUUCAUUUUGCUGGAGGAGGACGAUGGCGUGUGUCUGUUCCUGUAUAUUUUGCCCACAUUUCUGCUGCCCUGAUACCGAUAAAUGGAAAGAUCAGUGAUUUAAAAAAAAAAAGAAAAGAAACAAGACACCAGAGCAAAAAAGAAAGGUUUAGAAAAUGCUAUGUGAGGGAUUAUUUAUGAUUAACCUUUAGGUCUCCUCCUGCUUGCCGUAGCAUUUAUUUUUGUGCCAGAAGAAAGCUGUGUUUGAAAAGAUUAAUCGAAAGCACCUUUUGUAAAAAACAAAAAAACAAAACACACAAUGCCAAAUACUACUUUUUUUUGUUGCUGUUUUAGGGUUAAUAUCCUCCACGCAUCAGUGUUUGCUGGAUGGAAUCUUAUUUUUGAAUUUGUUUUAUUUUGUCUCUUUUUUUCCCAUCUUGCCCUUCUCCCGACCCCUGGGUGGGACUCAGGAGUUUUAAGGCUGGUACUCUCAGAUCAGUGAGCACUACUCUGUGGAUACAGUGAAUGUGUAGAAAGCCUUGUAGUAUUGCAUUGUAUGUAAUGUAUAUAAUGAAUAAAGAUUGUAUUUUGUUCAGGUUUUCUUAA